AUGGCUACUAACACUUCCAUGGAAAGUCAAAUAUCGAAAGGCGAAUGGAGAAAGACUACCGAAUCCGAAGAACCGAAUCCGCCUGAUGCGAGAAGUAUAUAUUGGGUUUUGACUCCUCUCCAUGCUGAACAUCGUCAUUUUAGUAAUGUCUUGGAUAAUACCCUCUUGAAUGUAUUAAAGAUUAAAAAUGAUGGAUAUAAACCGUGGGAUGCACAUAAGAAUACUUUACAAUCUAAUCGAAGAGAUGCCACCGUCGACAUCUUUUUCUAA